AUGCCAGACCAACUUAAGCAAGGCGAGGUCAACUCGAAGACCGACCCUAGCGUCUCAAAGCAGUAUGAUAACGAGACUCCGAAGGAACAGCAAAUCAAGGAGCUGUUCGAGAUUGCAGAUGGAGAGAAGGUUUGCAUGCUCAACACGUACCGCAAUGGCGUUGGUCCUGUAGGGCGCUCCAUGGCAGUUGCUAAGCGCAAUGGCCCCGACUUCCUCUUCCUGGCGAACAAGCACUCGAACAAGUUCCAAGACCUCGAGCAGAACAAGGAAGUCCAGAUUUCGUUUCAGGACAUCAAGACACAAGACUGGAUCAGCAUCACAGGCAAGGCGACUACGACGGACAAUUCAGACCCACGCAUCAAGGAGGUAUGGAGCAAGGGCGCUUCGGCGUGGUUUGGCGACCUCGCAGAUGGUGUACAUGAUGGUACGGCGUCAGACCCACGCAUGACGCUCAUUGAGGUCAAGGCCAAUUACAUAUCCUACUACAAGGCUGAGGUUGGCAUGCUCGGAUAUGCCAAGGAGGUCAUUGGAGCCAAUGUCACCGGAGGCGUUGCAAACACCGGAAAAUUGAGGGAGCUUCACCAGCAGGAUCUGGAGAAGGCAAGGUCGAUGCAGUAA